AGACAUCAACAGUCCAGCCGUAGCAUCCUGUUUACCUGGUCUGAUCGCAGUCGUGAUUACACGUCUGUCAACAUGCAGUAUAAUCGACAUCGCGUCCGCAUGAAAGGUUUUUGGUGGUGAUCGUUUUUUCUUUUUCACUAAAGAGAUAGACGACUUCUUGAAACGAGGACACAAACUGGACACUUUGGACUUUUAUUUGUUGCUCUGCUCCAAAAAUAACAUUACUAUAAAAGGAUGUCCGACACGAACAUUUAGUCAAUGAGAUUAUUCGUUAUUCAACAUAACAUUUACUGACAGCUACACCAGCUCACCUUGAAAAGGAUAGACGGGAGCAAAACUUGAACCUCAUGCCUCAACAAAGUAAUUCGUGAGGCAAACCUUUCCCCCGCACCAGUGCUCAAUAGACCAGCAUGGAGAAAGGGGUCAGAACAAGAUUAGAAACUGGAGCGGCAGAUGAAAAAGACCCUCUCCCUCAAGGAAAUGCACCAAUGUCAGGGAGCGGGGACUUAGGACAUGAAUGUUGCAAACGUAAUGGCUUGAUCAAUACUCAUAACUUAAUGGUGGAGACUAAGGAAGGACUGGUGACUGUCUAUUCUGCCCCACAGUAUCAGGGCCAUGUGGUGUCCAAGGACAAAAAUGGGACACAGGAUGGUAGAGGGCCCCAACAGUUGCUAAACCCUAGCACCCUGCCCCAAGCUAUAGACCCUUACAACAGACCCAACCUCAUUCUUUAUCCCGAGAGCAUGUUGAGAGCAUGGGGUGAAGGAGGGGACUGCUGCGAGACCACCUUUAUUGAGGACAUGACCCCUGCCUCUUCUGGAACAGCUAUCGCUAAAGAUGGAUUUCUGUUCACUGACAGCAAGCUUCUAGAUCUCUCUAUGGAAGAUGCCAAGAUCCAGACACUGUCCUAUGAUGUAGAUGAUGAUGAUGAUGAUGAAUUUCCAGAACUUGAGAGUGAGUACUCAAGUGACUCAGAGAGCGAGGACAAUUUCCUCAUGAUGCCCCCCAAGGACCACAUGGGCCUCAGCGUCUUCUCCAUGCUCUGCUGUUUCUGGCCCCUUGGCAUUGCAGCGUUCUACUUGUCUCACGAGACAAACAAAGCGGUGACUAAAGGGGACUUCCACCAUGCCAGCUCCAGCUCCAGACGUGCGCUUUUCCUCGCUGUGCUGUCUAUCACCAUUGGGACUGGCAUCUACGUGGGUGUGGCAGUGGCUCUCAUUGCAUACCUCUCCAAAAACAAUCACUUGUAGCCUUCCCAAGCACACCCCAAUCUUACCUUUCAGCAGACGGACAGAGAAUGGUUCACUUCAAGGCCAGCUUAGCUCUCUGGGGAAAAAAGCAACAGUCACGAUAUGGGACUCACCAGCAAUGUGUUCCACUCCUGCACUUUUAAGAGUUGCCCCAUUUGAUUUAGAAGAUUGUCAUUUGUGUAAACGACCUGAUCACCUUUCAGCAUUUUUCUAUCAUGUGACAUCAUCAGUAUUGUUUGUUAUGCUCACUGUUUAUGAAAGGGGAAAUCUAAUGCUACUCACAUUAAAUUUGCCAGUUAAAGUCAAAAUGAAAUCCAAAUUGACCCUAUUUACUUAGGUAAUACACAGACAGAAACAGCAUAUUUCGCAAUCAACAUAUAAGUUGUUCAAAAAUUCUCUUAACAGUAUAAAACAUACUUAGUCAUGCCCAAUUUUCACUAUCAAUUAAUUCCCAAUGGAUAAUAAUAAUAAUAGUAAAAAAAAAAAAAAAAAAAGUCCCAUUCCACAUUUUCCUUUGUUGAAUAUCCUUUUUCACUUGCAAAUACUUCCGAUUGCAGUAGUAAAAUGAAUUACAAACAGGGUUUCAUGUUAACUUUCAUCUCAGAUUGUCACAAACACUAUUUGGUAUUUGGUCAAAUAUCUAAACAGUCAGUGGUUUUAUUGAAUGUUUUUUGGAGGUGCGUGAUGUUUAUCGAGAACACUAUCUAUAUGAAGUGCCACAGUGCUUUCAAGCAUUUUUAAUAAGAGCUACUGAAUCUAAAGUUAUGUGACUCUCUUUUGAUAUUACAGACACUAAAUGAACAAAGCCAUAUGGAUGGAUUGCUCAAACCUGUGCGUGGACUUUUUUUUUUCAGAAUGUAUGGAUGGAGUCAUUCUUGUGGGGCUGUAAUAUUCAAUCUUAAUGUCUCUGUAAAUACGUCCUGAUGCUUUCGGUUUCAAUGUUAAUGUAUAAAGCUGUAACAACUGUCAAAUUUUCUCCCAUAAUCUGGGAACCACCUUUAGCCAGCAAGCUUAUGCUAA